AUGUUGGAAGCACUUUUAUCGAAGUAUUUGCACGUUGAAUCCAAGGCCAUAAGUCUUCUGAGAAAAAUCUCAUAUAUGCAUGACUACACCAAUGACCCGACAAGUUCAAGAAUUACACUGUUUCUCGCAACAGUUGGAUUGAUGGCGUUAGUGAACGAAAUUUACAUCACUAUCGAGAUGACCAUCCUGCAAAGAAAAGCGUAUGAUGACCUGAACAAUGCUCCUCUCGACGUUGAAAAUUUGAGAAACCAUCCGUUGCUUAUAGACGACGAAUUUCACGGCAAAGAAUGGCUUGACGAGAAGAGCGGAAUUGUAAUCGAAGAGUUUGAAGCGCUCAAUAGAUUUUUUGCCAAACCUGUACAUGUGUCGCAUUUGUACGUCGAGUGCAAUGUCGUAGCGAAAGAAGUGUCCGAAAACAGUGAAAAACUGCUGUCUGAGCCAUUUGUUUUCCAUAUAGAGUUUUCACCUGAAGAGUGGGAACUAGAGAAAAGGCCCGAAUUUGGGUGUACGCUUGCAACGCUAAGACGAAAACUCUACCAUUAUUUCAAGGAUAGUGAUUUGCAUGAAGAGUUUGUUGAGCGUGGUCGUGAAGUGGGAUCUUAUGAACCAUUUACACUGUCUAAUGGUGUUAGUAUAUACAACACCAUGCAAGAAUUGCUUCCCACAACGGUAGACGACGUACAGCUAUGUUUCUUGAAGAUGGAAACUGGGAACACUAUCAAGUGCAAGUUCGUUGUGUAG